GUUUGGUUUUUCCGACCAUCCGUUUCAGAGAUGAAGUUUUUCAUCUGACCCUCUGCACGUACCUCCUCUGAUAAAUAAACUAUAUAAAGGACGCACACUCGUGUUCUUGUGGAAUUGCGUUGGUAAAUGUCAGUUACCUGAGUUUCCAGCUGCAUUGAAGAAAUAUCCAAUUUUAUUCUGCACUUCUAUUUCAAGCUUUCAACCACCUGUGCAUACAAAGUAAACUAUUUCUAAGUGACUAUUCCUGAUAAAUCGUAGCAGUAUGUAAACGAAGUUUCUCGGCAGAGGUGUUAUAUCACUCAAGGACAAUGAAUAAGAUUCUAGUUUAUGCAUUCGUUAUUUUACUUAUCACUCAAAGCGUCUCAUCUAGUGCCAUUCCAAUAUGGGAACUCUUAACAUACGAAGAAAAGAUGGGACGGUUAAUGUACACCUAUGUCCAUUUGGUAGAGAGGUUCUGCAAAACAUCACCAUCUGCAGAUUGUAGAAAAGUGAUGACACUUCAUGGUAUCGCCAACUUAUUAAACUACGAUGAGCACACUCUUGAUCUGCUGGAUCCAGAUCAACGUAAUGCCUCCAUACUAAUUUGGCAAGCUGCAACGAAAUCUCAAUACAAAUAUCCUCCUGAAAAGUCAAAUGACCAAGAAGCUAUCAAAACGUCAUUUGGAGGCGAAUCCUUGCAGUUUGAUUAUUCAGAUAACAACGAUCAACCACAAAGAGUUGUAGUGCCAGCACCAAACUUCCUUCGACGAAGAAUGUGGAUACAUUGAUCAUUCAUAAGACAUCAGAGAAAGAAUGAGUGCCAACACUUACGUGUAAAUUAUUUCGUACAUAUUUCAUUCAGAUCUUAUUUAAUAAACAUUACUUUUUCAGCGAAA